AUUUUGAUAGGGCAUAGGAUGGGCAGAGAGAUCGGAAGAAUAAGUAAUGAGUGGAAAAUAUAAUCUCAAAGGACAGAAAUUUUCCUGUUUCACUAUUUUAUUUGUGACCAGAUUUUCCAAUAAAAAAGGAAAAAAAAAUUAGGAAAUUGUGGACAAAAGUAUCAUUUCUUGUUGACUCAAAAGUGGUAACUUCUAUAUUCUUUGGUAAGGUAGUUCUGUUAGGUCGGGAAAACAGUGCACCACAAAGCUACCUUCUUUCAUUUUAUAUGUGUCUCUCUUAAGAGUUUCUAUUUCUGGAUGAAGUUUGGAUUAUACUUAUUUACUUAUAUCUCUUUUGUUCUAAAAGAGGCCAUAAGAUUGCUGAGUUUUCAGCUAAAUAUUCAACUCAAAUGCUUUGCAUCUACAUAUUAAGAGGGUGAAGGGUUCCUUCACAGACUAGAGAUCUAUAAAGUGCUAUUGCUGACAGGGCGACGCAGGAAUGAGACACGGACACAAAGCUAAGAGUUAAGGGAGCAGGGGGCCCACUCGCCUCUAGGGCGAAUGGACGCCAAUGCAUUUUUGCUCCGGCUAUUUAUUAGAGCAGAUCACAUGCAUAUGCUAAAGAUCCUCGGGCUCAGGAGAGCCCACCAGAUACCUACGUUUACAUCAGAUGUAGUUACAUCAGGUGUGUACAUCUUGUUUACAUCAGGAACGUCAUAGUCACAUAUUACAUCAGGUGUAUAUCGUUAUCAUAGUCACAAGGCUUACAUCUUUACAGGGCGGGCCUGCAUGGCAUUCUAUGCAGGCCUGCAGCUCAGCGUUCUAAGCCACCACCCUAGAUAUGCCUCAGGCAGCAUGGAAGACUCAGUUUCCCACAAAGUGCCACCCAUGAGGCCAAGGGUAUGAUAAGCAUUUAUGAGGCCCCAACUCUCUAUUAGAUGUCUAGAGGGCUAUGUGGGAUAUUGUCCAGCCAACAAGCCUCAGUUUCCCACAAUGGAUAUGAUCAAAAGGGAAUAAGGCCAUGUCCAACCAUGGAUGCAUCUGAUUACAGAUUCUGUGUGUCUAUGGUUAAGAUUUGUUUCAAUUCUUAAACACAUAAUAACUAUCAGUAGGGAAUGUGUCCCAGAGAAUGGGGAUGAGGACUUGUGGGAAGAAGAAUGAGAAGUUGCUUUCACAUCUAUGAACGGGAAAAGCUAUGCUUCUCUUCUAGUCUGAAGCUUACAGUCUAAAACUGAGCACAUAAAAGAGAGAUACAUAUAUGCCCCUUAUUGUCUCCUGUCUCCCACCAUUGGAUUGGAGACAACUCUGAAAAAUUAGAAAUAGAUCAUCCGAGUUUACAUGGAGGCUUCACAUUUGCUGAUUGACAUGCUCAUACCAUAAUGGAAAAGACAACGUUGUUCAUUAACUAACCUUUCGAUAUUUGGUGUCUGUCCUUCGUGGCUCAUGCUAUCCCCCCACCCCCACCCCUGACAUUUCUUUCUCCUCCUUCUUUCCCCCAUCCCCUCUCACCAGCCAAAUCCUUUCCAUCCUUCAGUUCCAGUUCAAAAGCAGCCUCUCCAUAAAGCCUUCCUGGAUUCCUCCUUCCUCCAGCUUUGCUUGUUCUUCCACCACUGCCAUGCUCUCACAACAUCAUCCUAGUCUACCAUGAUGCGUUUCUACCACAUGCAGCUGUCUCUUUCCCUAGAUUUCCAGCUGCUUGACUGUGCUACUUACAGGCUUUUAAGGGACUGCUUUUCCUUUUUCUUUGUGUCCCUCACUCAUGUCUACACAUCCCUUGGGCAAAACAUAUGCAUCUUAAAUUGAACAGAAUUGUUGAAAGGUAACAAAUAUACCGGGAAAAAAGUCCCUUGGUCUCAUAGUCUUGCAAAGUACCCCGUUCCUCCGGACUUAAAUAAGUAAAUUAUCUUGAAAUUUGCUAUCAAUAAGUUUCUAGCCAGUUAAGGAGAUUAAAAGCCUUGAGUUCAACUAAAUAUGUAUUUAGUAUUUGCCAUGUUUCUGGCAUUAUAACAGUGAUGGACUCAGCAGUGAUGACUCCUGCGCUCUGGAGGAUUCUAGUCUCUUGAGGAAAUCAGUCAAUAAAUAUAUAAACAAAUACUUGUAUGGUUAGGCCUUGUAUUAAGACAGUGCUAUGAAGGCAGUGAGUAGGGGAUCGGUAUAAAAUAGAGGCUUCAGAGAAAAACAUGGCUUUGAGAGUCAUAGCUGUUGAUGACCUUGAUUCAAGACACAAGGAGUGACACCAUCAUGGAGCUUCAUGAAAAAGCCACCAGUAGGCAAAAGGAGCUGACCAUAAUGUUUGCCCUGAGCUGCACGUGCAGGAAUGGUGGAUGAACUGGCACUAGGGCCCUGUCCACGUAAGUCUUGACUCUUCUGAGAUCAUACAGGUGAUAGAGAAGAUGAAGAUCCCUCUGACUGAGAUGCACACCAGCAGCAUAGAAUCUGAAGAUGCAGUGUCUCAAGAUUGGUUCAGAUUUCUUUUCUUUCCAAAGUUCAUAUAGCCCAAAUCUUUGCUUAGAUCGUAAAACCAUAAUACACUCCUAUUUUGGGCAGCCCUGAUAAGUUCUGCAUGUGAAGGUGGGGAACAUUAUACAGUCAUGAAGAGUAGGCUUUGCUGUUUGCACAUGGGGAGUUUCAUUGGAGGAUCUUAAUGUCCUCCUGUAAUCUGGAAAUUCUCUGGUGUGGAGCGCAGCCAAUUAGUGUUUGAAAAUUUCCAUGCAGAUCUGAUAGUUCUGGGUACUCUGGGUAGUUCAGAGCCAGAGGGCUCAAUUAAGGCUUUGUCCUUCUGGUGGUAAUUCAAAUACCAAAAUUAUAACCACCCUAUCUAGAAAAUAUGGGAAAGGCAAGGCAUUUUUAUUUCCACUGUACCCAGUGGUUAUAGUUAUAGAUAAAUGAAUACAGAAUAUUAACAGUAAUACUAGCUUGUCAUCUAGAAAGACUUCAUCUGGGGGAAAACUACUUAGACCAAAUCAGUACCAUGGGUUGGACACCUCUAGUGAAUGCCUUUCUCCCUUGAGUUUGUCUUUGAGUUGUAAGGCCCAAGUCCCUUUCAAGUAUUCUAUUUUAAGGACCCUUCAACAAGAGAGCAGGGCUGAGGAAAAUUCUGUGGCCAGAUUCCAGAGAAGCUACUGGUAUAGAUGUUUGGUAGCUUUAAGAUGCUGAAGGGUGAACACAGAGCGCAGAAAGAAAUGCCUUUUGUUGCUUGGUAACCAGAAAUAUCACAAGAUAAUUCUGUUUGAGCUGAAGAUGGAAAUCUGGAUGAGCUAAGAAAUGCAGUAAGAUAAACCUGUCAAAUAGAAUCUUAGAAUUGGUCAUCUUAUCAGACCUUCUGAAUCAGUGGUGAAUUUUCUCUACAACAGCUUGCCAAGAAGUUUUCUGAUCCACAUUUAUAUAUCUGCCGCCACUUCUCCCUUCCUACAGCAUUAAUGGUUAGCAGCUUUUCUUAAGGAGGUGGUAUGAUGGAUCUCACUCUCUGUUUAAUAUUGGACAAACUAGUACUCACCCUCUCUUAUAGAAGACCAAGAUGCUCCUAGCAACUUAGCCUCUUUCCUCAAAAAUAUUGAAACUCGCUGUUAUCCAUACACAUCUAAGAGGAACACUUGUAGGAAAGGACUAAAUGUCUAGUCUUAGAGUCUACCUUGCCUGGGGUUAGAAUGCACAGCUCAUGGGUAGCUGGGCAGCAAGCCAAGAAAAGAAGGCUGAGAAUAACAUGGAAAUUAAUGGCUCCUUCCUCCACACACCUUGGGGAUGUUUGCUGCGAAUUACUUCAGUCUCUUGUGGGAUGGGGCCAGGAUAAGCUUUUGAAGAGAAGAGAUGGGGGAAUGAGAGAGUUAGUUAGGGCUUGGUUUUUCCCAGGGAUUCCAUUAGAAGUAAGGCAAGAAUGAAGAGAAAUAGGAGCAGUCCUUGGAAAUAGUGGCCACCAGGAAUAAUGGAGGAAGGAGGCCCCUAGAGAACAUCCUGGCUGGGCUGGAAGCAGUAUCUGAGGGUUGGAUGGGGCUUGGCAGCAGGGGCUUCUAGCAAGUGCGGGUUUUGGUCUUGGAUUGCCAGGAUCAUCUAUUGGGCAUGGAGCUACAUAUAAACUAAUGCACAGGCCAUGAAGUGAAAGAAAGGAGUGUCAUAGUGGAAGGGGGUCAGAAAGCUCUGGACCCAGAGGGAGCUGGGUGGAGAGCACCCAGAAGAUGGCUGCACCCCAGAUGUUCAUCCAGGGUUCCCUGCCCAGGGGGCAGCAGGCACUUACAGAUGCCAGUCGCUCGUUCCCUCUCUGGGCUGGGCCAGCCUGGCAUGGAGCACUGGGAAGAACCCCCAGUAACAAUCUUUUCAGUGUGAUCGCCAGUCUCCAACUGGGGAAGUGAAGGACAGUGGGUCACAAAGUGUGAACGAAUUAAGAAAAGGACUCGGGACCCUCUCUUCAGAACAAAUCAAAUUUUGGUAAAUGUUUAAUGCACUUUUGCUUUUUCUUACGUUGAUACUUUAUGAGCUGCUUUUCAAAAUCUUUUUGGCUCUUGAGACUAUUGAGUGGGCCUAUUUUAAUUAUUUCUCCAAGUCUCCUGCUAUUUAUCUUUUAUUCCACAUUAAUUGCCUUUAAAAUAUCUCAGUUACUGGUUGUAGAGAUAAGAAUAAGUGCAGUAGUGAAAAACCAACUGUCUAGGAGAAUCCUCACCUCAGAAGGACAGACAAGGUGGAACAGGGAAGGAAUGCCCAUUUUCCCCAUAGGAAGAUGACUUUUGUGGCUGCAGCACUGUGAUGUGGCACAGAAUAUUUGGGUCUCAGAGUCAAGCAGCUGAGAUACUUGAUGCUCUCAUUAGUUAACUGAGUGAACCUGGGGAAAUAGCUUAACUUCCCUACACCUCAAUUACUUCACUGGACAUUUGGAAUAAUAAUACCCAUGUCAUGGAAUCUUGGGAGGAUUGUAAGUAAUGUACAUGAAAUUUCCAUCAGGGUACCAGUAAUCGAGGGGGGUAUCCAGAACCUGGUAGCUUCUGUUUUCCACAAAUCCUGCUGGAAUCAACUUACCUGUUGUUGAUGAGUACAUAUAAACCCGGAGGUACCUGAAACUGAAGACCAAAGAUAGGUGAGACUCGAUAGAUUUGCCUGGCUAAUUUCUCAGUAGCUUGUACUUGAGCAAAGUCUUACUUCUUUGGGUGAACUUACAUUACACAGUCACCUUGGAGACAUGAUGUUUUCCCACCAAAGAUGCUGGUCAAUUCUCCAAAUAAUAUUCCACCUUUCCCUUAAUAAAGAAAAGCAGCAUUUCCAAAAAUCAUUUUCCAUUCCAGGUUUCUGUGGCCAUGGCAUUUCAACUUGUUGGCAGAUUAUAUUGGGCCCUGAGACCGAAGUCACUUAUUUCUCCAGUUGGAUAUGAAGAGUAGGCAUGAUUUGAACAGGGGAAUGGCUUUAGUUUUUCAGGGACAGUUUUCUUUGAAAGCAUGGUAUUUGUUUCAAGGGAUGAGGAAAGUAUUUACUUGCUCUUUUCAGAAUUUUGCCUACAAGAACAGUGAGUAAAGGUUGCUGGCUGACUGACAUCAUCUGUAUGAAAUAUUUUAGAACUACUUGAUAUGAAUAGCCUAAAUUGAAAAGCAGGAAUAUACUUUGACUUUAAAUGAAUAUUUAGUAUCUGUGAAUAUAAAGCCAUUUGGCACUAUGAGUCUAUAUCAACAAAUAUUUUCAUGUCAUAUGACCCAUUCUUUUCCUGGAUAUCAUCUUCUGGAAAUAAAUCCAAACUGUGGAGAAAACUCGAUUCACAAAAAUGUUUAUCAUUGGGUUAUUUAUAACUACAGUAAGCCAUUUCUCUAUAAUGUUGGAAACAUUCACUUGAUAGGAUUUUAUGCAAUCAUUUAAACUUGCAGAACCAUCAAACCAAAGUACUUUGAUAUAUCACCAUGUGAAAAAUAUGGUCUGAAAAUCAAAGUACAAUGUGAUUGUAACUCUCUAAAACAUAGAUGCAAAGAAAGGCACAGCAGAGAAUACAUUAAAAUAUUUAAAAGAGUAGAAAAUUCUGUUCAUCAAAUUUUUCUUUUGUUCCUUUAAUCUGAUUGCCUUUUUGUAAUAAUAAAAAAGAAAAAAAAAACCUGAAACACAGAGAAAAAAAGAAGGAAGUAACAGCCCAGGAGUUAUUAUGAAGUAAAGAAGAUAAUGGAAAAUAAGAAUGAACGAGUGGAUGGUUAAACAUAAGAAAUGAUCAGGGUGCUAAAGAAGAAAAGAUAUUCCAUCUAUGAGAUUCUCGAUGAAACGCACUCAAUGUGAAUUGUGUGGAAUGAAAAUGUGCAAAGCAGCCUCCUUUAGCAAUAUCCUUUUCUUGCUUUCUUACAUAUUUGUGUUUCGCUGGACUAUACGGAGGCUUGGAAGUGAGGAAGUUACUAGCUCUGCUAAAUACAAAGCUACCCUGAGGUGGAGCUGUCAUUCCAGAGUCUUUUCUCCAUACAUUUUGCAUAAACGGCUUCUAUUUGUUUCCAACAAAGAUUCAUUUGAAAAGUUGAAGACAUGAUGUCCGUUAUCCUUAAGUACUUCAAAGGCCCUCGUACAAGGUCAAUAGCCAAAGAAAGUGAGGAGCAGAACUUACAGUGGCACAUUCGUCUUUGACUCAGAUACCAAUACGAUGUAAUUUCAUGUCUACUUGAUGGAACAACUUUUCUAUGGCGAAAAAUAAAAGGUGGCUUCUGGAAUAUGGCCGACCACAACGUUUCCACGAAUUCGUCAUGCAGUCCUAUACUGACCCCCUAUUUAACCAGUCUCUAUGGGAUAGUGCUCAUUGGAGGACUGGUGGGCGUCAUCUCCAUUUUGUUCCUGCUGGUGAAAAUGAACACCCGCUCUGUGACCACCACUGCGGUCGUUAACCUGGUGGUGGUACAUAGUGUCUUUCUCUUGACAGUACCUUUUCGAUUGAUCUACCUCAUCAAAAAAACUUGGACCUUUGGGUUGCCCUUAUGCAAAAUUGUGAGUGCCAUGUUGCACAUCCACAUGUACCUCACAUUCCUCUUCUACGUGGUGAUCCUGGUCAGCAGGUACCUCAUCUUCUUCAAGCGCAAGAACAAAGUGGAAUUUUACAGAAAAUUGCAUGCUGUGGCUGCAAGCACUGGCAUGUGGUUGCUGGUGAUUGUCAUUAUGGUGCCCCUGGUUGUUUCCCAGUAUGGGUCUCAUGAGACAUACGAUGACCAACAUUGUUUCAAGUUCCACAAAGAACUAGCUCGUACGUAUGCACAAAUCAUCAACUAUUUCAUAGUUGCUAUCGUUAUAGCCAUCGCGCUGAUUCUCUUGGUCUUCCAGGUCUUCAUCAUUGUGUCGAUGGCGCGGAAGCUACACCACUCCUUGCUAUCCCACCAGGAGUUCUGGGCUCAAUUGAAAAACCUGUUUUUUAUUGGAGUUAUCCUUAUUUGCUUCAUUCCUUAUCAGUUCUUCCGGAUCUAUUAUUUGCAAGUUGUGGCACACUCACAUCUCUGUAAUGACAAAGUUGCAUUUUAUAAUGAAAUCUUCUUGAGUGUAACAGCGAUUAGCUGCUUUGAUUUACUGCUCUUUGUUCUUGGGGGGAGCCGCUGGUUUAAGCAGAAGACAAUCGACCUAUGGAAUUGCCUUUUGUGCCGUUAGCCAUAAACUACAAUAUUCAUACUUACUUCCUUAUUGGGAGUGAAGAAUGGACAUGGGGGGAGUUUCAUGACUUGAAAACUAUGCCUUUAUGCAGCCAAACAGAUGGCCAUUAAAAUGUCAAGAGCACUUUUUUGGUCCUUAUUUGAUCCUUAUGGAUCUCUGAAUGACUCCUAUACAAAGAUCAGUGAUGUUUGAUACACCCAGAGUUGUAAUACUGCAUUAUUUUUCAACACAAAAUGUCUACUUGGCUCAUCAAGACACCAGGGAACUAAUGGUUUAUAAAGUUUUGUUAAGUCCUUCUGG